CCUUCAGGAGACAUCCUCUGUCGUAGUGCUCGCAGCCCCUAAGCCCUUGCUCUCGGCCUCGGGCGCCAUCUUCCCGCGCCGCAGCCGCCAUCUUCUCCACCUCCGCUGAAACUCCACGGACCCUUCCCCCGCGCCCGCUGGAAACCACGCCCAGAGAAGUAGCGUCACGAGCCACCUAGUUGCUAUGGCGACUGAGCGUGUGACCCCGGGGCGGCCGGAUUUCCGGCUCCCGGGGCAACGGGGCGGAAGUGAAGGGAAACGCAAUCUGUCGUCGACGUUAGUCGCAGACUUCGCUGCUAACGGUAAUAACUCACUCUUAGGCUGCUUCUCUCCCCUUUACCCCCCUCGUCGCUACUCGCCCAAACUUUGGGUGCGGUUCGAGGCGAGGUGGGCCGCAGCGGCGCGCAGGAGCCUGGUGGCCCCCUGAGGAAGGGAUGCUCUGCGGCAAGUGCGCAUCCGCACCUGUCACAACAGGGCGGCCCGGGACCUCGUAAAACGGGCAGAGCUCCGCGGGCCCGCUGGGCUGUGAGCCGGCACCUGCGCGCGCUGCUUGUGCAGCUGCUGGGCACCCGGACCUUCGCCCGCACUUCGAACACUUCGCUGGACAAAAAGUGAGAAAAAAAGCACACGCCCCACCAUGCCCGCUUGGAACUCCCAGACCGUUCUGUUAUGACUUGCUAAAAUCAUGGUGAAAUGUUGCUCGGCCAUUGGAUGCGCUUCCCGCUGCUUGCCAAAUUCCAAGUUAAAAGGACUGACAUUUCACGUAUUCCCCACAGAUGAAAAUGUCAAAAGAAAAUGGGUGUUAGCAAUGAAAAGACUUGAUGUGAAUGCUGCAGGCAUUUGGGAGCCUAAAAAAGGAGAUGUGUUGUGUUCAAGGCAUUUUAAGAAGACAGAUUUUGAUAGAAGUACUCCAAAUAUUAAACUGAAACCUGGAGUCAUACCUUCUAUCUUUGACCCCCCAUCUCACUUGCAGGGGAAAAGAGAAAAACUUCAUUGUAGAAAAAACUUCACCCUCAAAACUCUUCCAGUCACACACCACAAUCACCAGUUUGUUGGUCUUUCCUCAUGUCCUGAAGAAUUCCAAUCCCAGUUCAUUUUUGAACAUAGCUACAGUGUAAUGGACAGUCCAAAGAAACUUAAGCAUAAAUUAGAUCAUGUGAUCAGCGAGCUAGAGGAUACCAAGAAAAGUCUGCGGAAUGUUUUAGACCGAGAAAAACGUUUCCAAAAAUCAUUGAGGAAGACGAUCAGGGAAUUAAAAGAUGAAUGUCUCAUCAGCCAAGAAACAGCAAAUAGACUGGAAGCUUUCUGUUGGGAGUGUUGUCAGGAAAGCAUAAAAAGAGACUAUAUUUCAUGAAAUAAUUCCAUGUUAUGUUCUACCUAAAUUUAACAUUGGUACAGCUAUUUAGAAAAUAAUUCUCAUUUACCAUCAUUAAAUACUAUCCAUCAUUUAGAGUGCUUCUUUGGAUCUUCUGUAGCAUUAUGUAUUUAGUUGUUACCCAAAGAUUUUUUUUUUUUGAAGAUGUACAGAAAUGUGUGCUAGUUAUCAUGUUUUGUGUGAUUUGUGGCAAUUAUGUUUUUAUAGAGCUAAACUAGUGCCAGGUCACUAUCGUAAGAUGUUAAAAGAUCAAGAAGAAUCCACAGAACUUAGGAAAUGAUAUCAAAUUAGCCAUAUUCAGCAAUGGUAAUAGGAACUGGACUCUCCUUCAGCAGCAUCAGAUUUUUGGCUUCAAAGGAGUACCUUUACUUACGUAUGCUUUAUGGUAAGUUCAUUGAAUUAUACUUUAAAUGUAUUUUACUAUAAAGCAGAAUUCAUUUCUAACAUAUGUCCAUCUUGAUCCAAUCCAAGAUGUUUUUGUUAUCAGUAAUACCAAUUUUUUUUUUACUUGACAUCCCAUAAUACUGACCCUGAGAAUAGCAUAUGGUACAAAUCUGUUGGCUCUUAAAAGUUGUUCAGAGCCAAGUUGAGAAGACCUCUGACAAGGUCGCAGUUUUUCAGUAUGGUACAUCAUUCCUCCGCUCUAGGAGCACUUUGAUAUAAACCUGUAUACAUUUAAGAAGCAAAAAAGGGUCAUAAAUCUCCAAAAUCUAGAUGCUAGUACUAGCUGAAUAUUUUUAAUGUUCUGUAUUUUACAGAAAGUAAUAUUGAUGACAUUUCUAAAAUAUAAAAUGUAAGUAGAAUCAUUAAAAACUAAUGAUUGUGAUUCUUCCAGUUGCAAAAGAAUUUGGAGAAAGGGUUAGAAUAUUUUCCUGUGAUUAGGAGAGUAUACUGUCCAAAGGCUUUAAUUUAAAGAAAGUAAAGCAGCAGCUUUAGAAUAGCUUCCUACUGAAUAUACAAAAGAAGAACCUUUAGCUAUUUUUUGAUCCAAGUAUCAGAAAUUUACCUUUUCUCCUAAUUUCUUAUAAAAAACAGUGAAUUAAGAGUCAUAAAUACAAUAGAUUAGAAUAAGAAUUACCAGCCCAAUGUCAAAUUCUACUUUGAAGAGUAUGUACGUAUUCAAACCUCAUUCAGAUGUCUAUGCAAUAGUAAGUUAGAAUAUGAUUAUCAGUUGUUUCAGUGUGUUAACGAGAAAUGAAUUGCAUUUUCUGCUCAAGUCCUCAUGGAUAUUUUAUUUGCAUUACAUUAAUAUCAGCAAGGGUAUGGUCACUUAACUUUUCUUUGUAUUCAAGAAUUUUCUGUGUGUAAAUGCAUGUUAUAUUUUUAUGUAGGAUUCCAAACCUUCCCUUUGAAUGGGAACCUUCCCACAUUUCAGAGGUCAGCAUUAUGUUAAGAAGAAACAGUAAGGUCGUAUCUUUUUACUACCUAGAAAAAAAAUUUCAUCAGCUACCCAUUAUUUAUUUUAGUUAUUUAAUUUUGAAUUCUUUAUGGACAGUCUAAGGGGAAGUUUGGGUAUGAUCUUAGGUUUUAUAGAGAUACUGUGAUAGAGAUGGAGACUAUUUUGAGUAUAAAAAUUAAAGUCAGUGGACAGUAGAGAAAAGUAGGACUGAUCCAAACACAAUCUGUCUACAUUCUAGCCGUCUGCUGACCAGUUAGAGAAACUCCAGCCCAGGAGACCUUUCCAAGAGUCACAGCCCCGUUUGUGUCACGAUCACAGUUGCCACAGUCACUUUUACCACUUGUGUUCACAGUGAAUUCAGCCCUCUCUUCUUUGUCAUUGGUCUUAAUAUCACUGAGAGGUAACAGAACAAAUAUUGGUGUCAUCGAGGACCCAGAGCUACCCAUUUGCUCUUUAUUCUUUUGGAGAAAUGAUUGCUAACAGAAAUCUGACGUAAGAAAUAGGGUUCUCCUCACCUGCCACCCUAAACAAAUGCCUGGACACAGUAAAUACCUCAGUCCUCUGUUCCAGAUACUCCAGCCUAGCCCAGGGAGAAACUGUCCUGUGCAGAGCAAACCAGUCACCCCCAUCCACAGGUUCCACAAGCAGCGAAGGCCAGCCUAGAGGUUUCAUUUUGCUUUCAAGCUUGGGGUAGCCUCUGGAUCCUGGCACAAACCAAUACACCGGUUCAACCUCAGCACCAAAUCAAGUACAAAAGACUUGACGUGGCAUUUUUCUCCAUAUCAAGUUUAAGUCACUGAAAAUAGACUCUGGUUGCUAAAGAUAAUCAUAGUUAUACCACAGUCUUUGAGAAAAGAUGAAAUGUAUUAAAAUAAAUAUUUAGUUUUAAUAAAAAGAUAGAACACUAUAGAAAUGAUUGAGGAGUGAAGAAUCCAUUAUUCAUUUGAAAAAAUAAAAUAACUUUUCCAGUAAUGUAUUUGUAUGUGGUUUUUAUACAGUUACUCAAUAAAAUGAGU